UUGAACAGCGUCACCUACCACUAUGCGGCCUACAAGACCUCACUUUUUGCCGAGGUCGAGAAACAGAAAAGCACACACAAGAAAUGUUUGAUUCACAGAUUAAUUUACGUAGCGAAGAUCAGUACGAGUACAGUGAAGAAGAGAGACAUCACAGAUCACUACGAGCAGCUGUUUAACCAUCUGCAGAAGAACCCCCAGGCAGAGGGUAUCACUGGGCUUCUGCUGCUGUACCCGAGAUGUAUCCUGCAUGUGCUGGAGUCCUCUUCAGAUGUCUUAAACACAAUUCUGCAGGAUCUUAGGGCAAUGGAGGAGAAAGGCACUGACUCUCUCCUGAAGGAUGCCAGGAUCCUGGUGAUGUCCUACAGUGUUCCGGCCCAUGUGUUCCACGAGUGGGGGUUCAGGUGCCUGAACCUGCCCCUGAGCCUGCAGGAGGAGGCCCGGAGCCCACAGACCAUGGAGAGCUUGGUUCCCGACUGCCUCUCCCUGCUCUACAGGCUGUGCGCACACCUGCUGAAGGGCAGCACAGACCAGGGUGACCGCGAGGAGGGGGAGGCGGGGGAGGAGGUCCAGGAGCAGGACCUGCUGGUGGAGGAGGAGACCGUGGCCCAGCUGUGCCACAGUACCGCCCUGCGCACGCCCGCCUCCUUCCUGCAGGCCUACCACGCGCCCCUGCACGUCCUCAUGGACUCAGAAAUUGUGUGGCCCACUCAAUGUCACCUUUACUGGUGACAACUUCUCAUGAAACUGAACAAGUACACCAGUAUAUAAAUGGAGUAACCGGACACCUGCUAUUGACUUUGUGUUGAUAUACACCCAUCAAGCUAUUUAAAAAGCACAAUAAAAUGCAUUUUCAAAGACAAA